AGCUGUUUUGGCUCUUUGAAGAUGUAGCCUUCCCUUGGAAGGCCCCAGCCUCUUGUUUGAAGGUGCCGAUGCGGGCCCUGCAAAGGCCGCUCCAAUGAGCUGGUACGUCGCCCACGAUGGACGGCAGGUGUGGGUGGAAGCACGGGAACGAGUGUUCACCUGUGACAAGCCGGAGGAUGACUUGCCGAAGAAAACCCUGACCUACUUGGCAUCGAACCUCCAGAAGUCCAUGUUCGCGGAGCAUGCCAUUGACGAAGACGAGAAGAAGGGCAAGAAGAAGGACAAGCAAGCUGGAAGGCAGCGAGGCUUCAUUGUGCGUGUGGACAAAGACGAGCGCGGCACGGGGAACGUGCACCCUGCCUUCCAGGCUGCAGUGGAGCGACUCAUGAGCUCCGGAUUGGUCUCGCGUGUGGAUGUGGACGAGCCAGAGGGCGGCAAGAAGAGGAACAAGAAGGCGAAAGACGUCGAGGAGGUGCGGGAGGAGGAAGCCGCGCCGGGCCUGCCAUUGGGGGUCAACGAGUGCCGCGUUGAGACCAUUGCCCGAUGUCACCAUCAGGCCCAUGGAGUCGGCUUUGACGUGAUGGUGUCGGAAGAGCGAGGGACGCAGAGGAUCCACAUGUUCACCGCCAGCAAAGAGCUGGGCGUCGAAGCCUGGCACGGCGCCCUCAUGCAGGCGCUUGCUGCUGCUGGAACGCAGGUCCUGAUGGGGCGCCUGUCUCCGGCCAUUGCGCCAGACCCUCCGGUCCAGAAGGACAAGUCCAAAGAAGCUGCAAAGGAGGAGGAUGAGUGGCUGGAUUCCUUGAUGGGGCGCUGCAUGGUCACCUCCAAGGAGCCAUCGGCCCCAGAUGAGGAAGGUAAAGGCGGCUACAAAGCUGCUGAAGCAGAGGCAAAGAAGGCUCCGGUGCAAGCACCGCCCUGGCUUAGAGGGAGGGUGCGAGCGGCACCUUCAGAUGCGUAACCAGAAGUUGUGACACAGUGAUCUCGAAAGGACCUUCGGACUGGCUGCCUGCCCAGUCCGGUGGCCCUCACAGCCCACGGCGGAGAAAUCCUCGAAAUUUCGCCCGGGCUGAGUCUUUGGAGUGCAGGAUCAAAAAGGUGC